ACCAAGAUCAAGGAAGGAAGAAGAAAGGCUCCAAUUCUUUAACUGUUGAAAUAUCGAAAUUGCUACCACAUCAACCUGUGAAGUUCCGAUCUUCAAAUUCCCAUGAUUCAAAAGGUGGAAGAUACGAGUGGUCUAUGUCUAUAUAUUGAGAGAGAAAGCGCGCUGGAAAAUAUCUGAGUGACGAACUUCUUUCCAAGGCAUCAUGGACGUUGCGCAAAUACUCCACAUGAGGAGAGGAGAUGGAGAAGAUAGUUAUGCUAAGAACUCAAAUGUCCAGAAAGUGAUUAUAUGUAGAGAGAAGGCAGGCAUAGAGGAAGCUUUAGAGGCGUUUGAUUUCAAUAAAAUGUGUGAGGCGAGUGAGAGCUUUAAAAUAGCGGACAUGGGAUGCUCUUCAGGACCCAACGCAUUGUGUGCAGCAAAGGCGAUUGUGGAUGGAAUUUAUAGGAGAUGCCAGGGAUUGGGUUGUCCCUCGCCUGAAUUACUUAUUUACUUGAAUGACCUUCCGGGAAACGACUUUAACAUGCUAUUUCAGUCGCUGUCCUCCUUUAAAAACCUCAACGGGGUCGGCGGGGAAUGUUUUAUUGCAGGGAUGCCGGGAUCUUUUUAUGGGAGGCUAUUCCCCACAAGGACCCUACACUUCGUGCAUUCUUCCUCCAGUCUUCAUUGGCUCUCUCAGCAGGUGCCUCCAGAUCUUGAGAAGAAAGCCAUAAGAGCGUUAAAUAAGGGGAAUAUCUACAUAUCAAAGACCAGUCCACAGUCCGUGCUAAAAGCGUACGCCGUUCAAUUCCACAAGGAUUUUACAUCAUUCCUCAACUCACGCUCCCAAGAAAUAGUUCCAGCAGGGCGUAUGGUGAUAUCAUUGUUUGGAAGGACAGGUGACGAUCCCACCUCCCCCGAAUGUUGCCAACAAUGGGACCUCUUGGCCCAAGUCUUCAGGGACAUGAUUGUAAAUGGUCUCCUCCAGGAGGGGAAGUUGGAUUCAUUCAACAUCCCCUUCUAUUCACCCAGUCCACAAGAACUCACAUCGGCUGUACACAAUGAGGGGUCUUUCACUCUGAAUCGCCUUGAGAUACUUGAAAUCGAUUGGGAUAGAGUUACGAGCAGUGAAACAAGUAAUGGUUCUACCAAAACAAUAUUGGACAACCAAAGUAUUAGCCAGAGCACAGUGAAAUUCGUCAGAGCUGUAAUGGAGUCGCUGCUCGAGAGUCAUUUUGGGAGGGAAGUAAUGGACCCUCUUUUCCGGAGGCACGAACAAAUCGUAUGUGAUCACUUGUCUCGGAACAGAAACAACAAGUACAUUUGUAUCAUCCUUUCCUUGACAAAAACCUAAGCACCUUCACUUCAACUCAUUUGGCACUUCUAUAUAUUAAUUUGUUCUAAUUACCUAGUUUGUGUAAACAAAUAAGCAUUAUAGAUCAAAAUCUUAAUUUUGUAAACUUAUUAUUAUUAUGGUUGAUUGAAUGCAUGGGCAUGGCGGUGUUCAUGUUGGUUUGGUCAUCUUAGCCUUAUUUUAA